GGCAAGCAGACCGCCGACCUCUCCGUCUGCCGCCUCCCUCUCGCCCUUCUAGAACCUUCCAUCGCACCCCGCUCUCUCCUGCCGGAGCCGCGGCGAUGAAGCCCAUGGAGAACGUGAUCGAGCUCGUGAACCGCAUCCAGCGCGCCUGCACCGUGCUCGGGGACCACGGCGGAGACGGCGCCGCCGCCUCUCUCCCCGCCCUCUGGGAGGCGCUCCCCUCCGUCGCCGUCGUCGGAGGCCAGAGUUCCGGGAAGUCGUCCGUGCUGGAGAGCAUCGUGGGGCGCGACUUCCUUCCUCGCGGGUCUGGGAUCGUGACGAGGAGGCCGCUGGUUCUGCAGCUGCACAAGACGAACGAAGGGCAGGAGGAUUACGCCCAGUUCCUUCAUAAUCCCAAGCGCCGGUUCACUGAUUUCGCUCUUGUGAGGAAGGAAAUCGAAGAUGAAACUGAUAGGUUGACAGGGAGAACAAAACAAAUAUCUCCAGUUCCUAUCCAUCUCAGCAUAUACUCACCAAAAGUUGUCAACUUAACAUUGAUUGAUCUGCCGGGUCUAACUAAGGUUGCAAUAGAUGGACAGCCUGAAAGCAUUGCUCAGGAUAUUGAAAAUAUGGUGCACUUAUAUGUUGACAAGCCAAACUGUAUUAUACUUGCUAUAUCUCCUGCUAAUCAAGAUAUAGCAACAUCUGAUGCCAUUAAGCUUGCUCGGGAUGUUGAUCCAACUGGUGAAAGAACCUUUGGUGUGUUGACUAAGCUUGAUUUGAUGGACAAGGGAACAGAUGCACUUGAUGUUCUUGAAGGAAGAGCUUACAGGCUACAGCACCCUUGGGUUGGAAUUGUUAACCGUUCACAAGCAGAUAUCAACAAGAAUGUUGACAUGAUUCUUGCUAGGAGAAAAGAGCAAGAGUUCUUUGAGUCUAGUCCUGAAUAUGCUCAUUUAGCCAGCAGGAUGGGUUCAGAAUAUCUUGCUAAACUUCUUUCACAGCAACUCGAGGCAGUGAUCAGGGCACGCAUUCCAAGCAUCACAUCUUUGAUAAACAAAACUAUUGAUGAUCUUGAAUCUGAGAUGAAUCACCUUGGUAGACCUAUUGGAUCUGACGCUGGGGCUCAGAUAUACCUAAUCUUGGAGCUUUGCCGUGCAUUUGACAAAAUAUUUAAAGAACAUCUUGAUGGAGGACGAUCUGGUGGGGAUCGAAUUUACUGGGUAUUUGAUAACCAACUCCCUGCUGCUCUGCUGAAGCUUCCAUUUGACCGCUACCUCUCUUUGCAAAAUGUUAAACGAGUUGUUUCACAAGCUGAUGGUUAUCAGCCUCAUUUAAUUGCUCCUGAGCAAGGGUACCGUCGACUAAUCGAGUCUGGUCUCAAUUAUUUUAGAGGGCCAGCAGAAGCUUCUGUAGAUGCUGUGCAUAAUGUUUUGAAAGAGCUGGUAAUGAAAUCAAUUGGAGAGACUGAGGAAUUGAGAAGAUUUCCCACUCUUCAAAGGGAGCUUGCUGCUGCAUGCUACCACUCCUUGGAGAGAUUCCGUGAAGAUGGUCGAAAAACUACUGUACGAUUGGUUGAUAUGGAAGCAACGUACUUGACAGUGGAGUUCUUCCGCAAGCUUCCACAGGAAGUGGACAGGGCUGGAACUGAAAACCCUCCCUCUCCUUCUUCUGAUCGCUACACUGACGCACACUUCAGGAGGAUUGCUUCAAAUGUAUCCUCGUACAUUGGCAUGGUAUCUGAUACACUGAAGAAUACUAUCCCCAAGGCUGUUGUUCACUGUCAAGUCCGGGAAGCCAAGCGGUCCUUGCUGAACAAUUUCUAUACUCAAUUGGGUGGCAAAGAUGCUACGCAGCUCUCACUACUCCUUGAUGAGGAUCCUACACUGAUGGACCGCAGGCAGCAAUGCUUUAAGAGGCUUGAGCUAUACAAGUCUGCCAGGGAUGAGAUUGACGCGGUUUCAUGGUCGCGGUGAAGAUAACAUGUUACGUGCUUCCUUAUCUGAAUGCAUUUACUUGACAAAUGCAGAAUGAGUUAUUCUAGAUUGAAGUUGCUGAAUCUUAGUUUACAGAUCAGUUAGUGUGAUGUACAUAACUUUUAGCUAUUGGUAUGAAUAGUAGUAGUGUUUUUUUGUAUGUAUGACUUAUUGGCGAUUAGGAACACCGUGCAUACUUCUAAGCAUGGUUGUUUAUUCUACUUCUAGUAGUAGGAUGCACAUGUUGAUCUUUCACAAUCUAUGUGCAUACUUCUAAGCACAGGUUAUAAUCUUUCACAAUCUUA